CGAAAUGCUGAGAUAUUUGAGUAGGAAUACAUUGAAUAAGCGCGUGUGUAGUAUAUCCCCUAUACACACACCACACAGACUACACUCUAGCGACUCAAAGAAGACGCAUUUCGGCUUUAAAAGCGUAGAUGAGGAUCUAAAGGAGGGAUUAGUUGGCUCUGUUUUCAGCUCCGUAGCUCCAGCGUACGAUAUCAUGAACGACGUUAUGUCCUUAGGUAUUCACAGGCUCUGGAAGGACGAUUUCGUGAAAUUACUCAAUCCACGCUCUACUAAGUCACCUCAAGAAGCUGGCGUAAGUGAAGAAUACGCACGUAAAUUUGGAGGCACAGGUCUUAACUGUAUAGACAUGGCUGGCGGCACAGGCGACAUAGCACACCGUAUACUCGACCACGCGAAGGAUGUACACGCUGAUAGAUCUAUAAAGGUUACCGUUAUGGAUGUCAACGCAGAAAUGUUGUCUGAGGGCGAAAAACGUGCACGUAAAUCAAUGUAUUUCAACACAGACCAGAUAGAUUUCAAGCAAGCAAAUGCUGAACAGCUCAGUGAGGUCGAAAGUAAUACAGUUGACCUCUACACGAUGGCAUUCGGUAUCAGGAACUGCACACACAUUGAUAGAGUUAUAGAAGAGGCCUACCGUGUUCUCAAACCGGGCGGGGUUUUCGCCGUAUUGGAAUUCGGCAAAGUAAACCAACCAUUGCUCUCAAAUCUCUAUUCUAUUUAUUCAUUCAACGUCAUUCCAGCCAUGGGACACCUCGUAGCAGGCGACAGGGAGUCAUACCAAUACCUCGUCGAGUCUAUAGAGAGAUUCCCAGAUCAAGUUACCUUCGCAAACAUGAUGCGUGAUGCGGGCUUCCUCAUACCAAACAAGCGUGGAUAUAGAGAUUUGACAUAUGGUGUUGCGAGUGUAUGGAAGGGUGUCAAACCGGUUGUAUGAGUAAAAAAUAAUGCAUUGUUUGAUCUUCG